CUCACGCAGUCUCUUUCCCCAGCCACAAAACAACCGUGAGUGUCUAACUCACCGUUCUCGAAAAACUUAAAAUAAAAAAAAUAUAAAAAACAUAAAAUCUUCAUAAAAACAAGUAUAAGCCUACUUAAAGAAAUACAAACGUAAAAAAAAUAAAUAAACGGCAAUUUUUAUAUUUUUUUUUACAAAAAUACUAGAAACCAGAGGCUUCAGGCUUUACACGAAGUUGCCAUCUUUUAAAGGAAGAAAUACUUCAGAAGAGAUUAUUUUAUAUAGUCACUUUUUGCGUUUGACAUUUUCUCAAGCUGGAUCACAGAGCCAGCUGUCUUUUUGGAAUUGAAGCGCAACUCGCACCCGGAAUAAAGCUCACACAUACCGGCAUUUUCCUGGCGUUUUUGAGGGAAGCCCUGCAUUCAUUUAUAUUGUGAAUUCCGAGAUAUGAACAACACAGCGACGGGGAGUUAUCCGAUGGCUUCUCUCUACGUUGGCGACCUGCACCCCGACAUCACGGAGGCUAUGCUGUAUGAGAAAUUCAGCCCAGCCGGACCGGUGCUCUCCAUUCGGGUAUGCCGUGACAUGAUCACCCGGCGAUCCCUCGGAUACGCUUAUGUGAACUUCUCUCAACCCGCUGACGCUGAGAGAGCCCUGGACACCAUGAACUUUGACGUGGUGAAAGGGAAUCCAAUCAGAAUCAUGUGGUCUCAAAGAGACCCCUCCCUCAGGAAGUCUGGAGUGGGCAACGUGUUCAUCAAGAACCUUGACAAGUCCAUUGACAACAAAGCCCUGUACGACACCUUCUCUGCCUUUGGCAACAUUCUUUCCUGCAAGGUGGUGUGUGAUGAAAAUGGCUCCAAAGGCUACGCUUUUGUCCACUUUGAGACCCAGGAUGCUGCUGAUCGUGCCAUUGAGAAGAUGAACGGCAUGCUUCUGAAUGACCGCAAGGUGUUUGUGGGUCGUUUCAAAUCUCGCAAGGAACGGGAGGCUGAACUUGGUGCCAAAGCCAAGGAGUUUACCAAUGUGUACAUCAAGAACUUUGGGGAUGAAAUGGAGGACGACCGGCUGAAGGAGCUUUUCGACAAAUAUGGUAAAAUACUCAGCGUGAAGGUGAUGACAGACUCCUCCGGCAAAUGCAGAGGCUUUGGAUUCGUUAGUUACGAGAAACAUGAGGACGCUAACAAGGCUGUAGAGGACAUGAAUGGCACUGAACUCAACGGUAAGACCGUGUUUGUGGGCCGGGCUCAGAAGAAGAUGGAGCGGCAGGCUGAGCUGAAGAGGAGAUUUGAGCUGCUGAAACAAGAGAGGAUCAGUCGCUAUCAGGGCGUUAAUCUUUACAUUAAGAACCUGGAUGACACCAUAGACGAUGAGAAACUGCGUAAAGAGUUCGCUCCAUUCGGGUCUAUUACAAGUGCUAAGGUGAUGCUAGAGGAGGGUCGCUCCAAGGGCUUCGGCUUUGUCUGCUUCUCCUCUCCUGAAGAGGCCACCAAGGCCGUGACUGAGAUGAAUGGACGCAUCGUUGGCUCCAAACCGCUCUACGUGGCUCUCGCUCAGCGGAAAGAGGAGCGCAAAGCCCACCUCACCAACCAGUACAUGCAGCGUAUUGCUGGCAUGAGGGCCAUGCCGGCUAACGCCAUCAUUAAUCAGUUCCAGCCCACCAGUGGCUACUUCAUGCCAGCUGUGCCACAGCAGGCCCAGAAUAGGACUACAUACUAUGCACCCAAUCAGCUCGCCCAAAUGCGUCCCAACCCCAGGUGGCAGCAGCAAGGAGGCAGAGGUCAAGGUGGUUUCCAAGGGAUACCCAACUCGCUGCGUCAGCCGGGACCCCGUGCCAACCUGAGACACAUGAGUCCUGGCGGCACGCAGGGCCCACGAGCCCCUGGCCAGGCCAUGGCUCCUCGUCCCUCAAUGGGAGUCCCCGGCCCCCGUGCCAUGCCUCCUUACAAAUAUGCCACUGGUGUUCGUAACCCCAACCCCCAGGUGAUGCAACCUAUUGCCUUACAGCAGGCUCAGCCAGCGGUGCACGUUCAGGGCCAGGAGCCUCUCACAGCCUCCAUGCUGGCUGCUGCGCCCCCUCAGGAGCAGAAACAGAUGCUAGGUGAGCGUCUUUUCCCACUGAUUCAGUCCAUGCAUGCCAACCUGGCAGGAAAGAUCACUGGCAUGCUGCUGGAGAUCGACAACUCUGAACUGUUGCAUAUGCUGGAGUCUCAUGAAUCUCUGCGCUCAAAGGUGGAUGAAGCGGUCGCCGUGCUACAAGCGCACCAGGCAAAGAAAGAUGCCACUCAGAAAGUGGGCAGCUUGGCUACUACUGCUGCUGCUGCCACAUCCUAAAGACUACGCACUGCAUUAAACUGGGCGCGUACAUUAGCAGAGAUGGGUAGAGACGCACUACACUGACUCCAAACACCGGACUCCUCUGAAGAAUUAUUCAAAAAAUGAAGAAAAAAAAGGAAAACAUAAUUUAAAAAAUAUACUUGAACAUUUUGAAAAAUAUUACAGUCCAUACUUUUCUAGUUCUGUAAAACUUUUAAAAUGCAUACCAGAAGCAAUAAUUCAAAUGAAUCUUGAAUGAAGGAGAGAAACCUUUUUUUUCUAAAAAGGAAAAUGAACCUUGUUCUUUUUCUUUGCUUGAAAGUUUUAUGUUUGAUUUGAAAUGAUGGACUCCUCCAUCCCAUCAUGUUAUCAUGGGUGUGUGGUAUUCUCAAUAAAAUAAAGCAAUGCUAUAUCAACGUAA